AUUCCCAGCAUCACAUCUCAUCAAGAGCUUGGUGACUUCAGACCGUUCAGUCGAACAGAAUCGUAAACUUUGCUAAUUUUAUGCGACAUUCAUCCACACAAUUAAGUUACACAAUAUGAAGCCGUCAACCAACGUUAAAGUGCUAGCCACAUUAUUUUUGUUGCAAAUGAUCUUCCUAAUGCCGUUUUCUCAGGCCUAUGUGUACAUCAUUCCCAAUGCAAAAAGCAAAGUUCAAGAAGGUAGCUGCUACGACGAAUCGCUAAAAAUAAAUGUUCCUGUAAAUGAGGUUCGACAGCGUACAGGAAAAUGCGAAUCCAUGAGCUGCAGUGAUGAUUAUUCACUUCAUGUUGCUGGAUGUGGCAGUAUUGCGGUUGGGCCUGGAAUGAUAAUAACUCCUACAGACUAUUCAAAACCGUAUCCAGAUUGUUGCCCGCACCCGGCAUUGAGUGCAGAAAAUGUGGUUUAAAAACAAAACACAGAAAACAGAAUACCAUACUCAAAAGUGUCACGUACAGUUUUAGUACAGAGUUACGCGCAUUAAUUGCAGUUUAAGCAUAAUGUUUGAAAUCGCUAAAUACCCAGAAAUGACCGUUGAUAUAAGACAAUUUUCUACACAAAUUGUAUGGGAUAAGUAACAAUAAACAUUACAUUAUUACAUUUAAUCAUAAUUAACACUUUAUCAUUCUCAUUUUUGAUGAAAAACGUGAUAUUAGACAUACGUGAAAAUGCAAGAUACGCGAAUGUCCCUGGAACGCAACCCUAUUUGCGUAACUCUGGGAAAGACUGUUUACUGAUGAUGAUUUUGAUAAUUUUAGUUCAAAUGAUUUCAUAAUAAAAAGAACUAUGACGUUA